AUGGCGCGUGCCCUCGCGGCUCUCGUGCUCAUGGUGCUUCCGUGCGCGGCGCUCAACAGCCUCAACUGGAGGCUCUUGCCGUCGUCGGAGCCCGCAGGUCAGCAGGCGGAGCUGGAUGCAGGCCUCGACAGCGUGGUCAUGAUGCAGACAGUCGCCACCCCGCUCAAGGAGCAGGAGGGCUUCGCGCACUUCGCCUUCGACGACGACCUCGACGACCAGGUUGUGCUGACAGCCCCGGCCGCGCUUGGCGAGGCCGCGGUGGCCCGCCGCAGCGACAUGGGCGGCUUCGGGGGCGCCGUACUGGCCUACCUGUACGGCCUUACUGGCUUGACACAGCCGCUGCCCACGAGCGGUUCUACUGGGCAGUCCUUGGGCAGGCCUGCGCUGGAAGCCAUGGACGACAGUGAGCUCCCCAAGGGCAGUAAGAAGAUAGUGGGCUCCAAGAUCCCGAUCGGCACCAAGACAACAGGACUUGUUGAGUUGGGCUCCAAAAAGACGUUGAUUGCUUCAGGGGGCAAGGCGCCCAUAGUCCCCGACGACUCGCGGAACAAGGACAAGGACAAGGACAAGUCUGGGAAGGACAAGGACAAGGACAAGGCCGGGAAGGACAAGGACAAAGACAAGGACAAGGCGGGCAAGGCGAACAAGGACAAGGACAAGGACAAAGACAAACUGAAGAAGGGAAAGAAGACCCAGAAGUGGGGCAAACGGGCGGCAAGAGCUACUCGCGCUCGGCUCGGGCGGGGGUGCAGUUCCCGGUCGGGCGUUGCCACAGGUACAUCAAGAAGUACAUCUCUGCUGACAUGCGCGUCGGUGGCACGGCUGGUGUGUACGUGGCCGCGGUAAUGGAGUAUUUGGCAGCCGAAGUUUUGGAGCUUGCCGGGAAUGUUGCCAAGGACCAGAAGACGAAACGCAUCACCCCCCGCCACCUGCAGCUUGCGAUACGUGGUGACGAUGAGCUGGACGGUCUCAUCAAGGCGACCAUUGCAGGCGGCGGCGUCGUUCCGCACAUUGACAAGUCCCUGCUGACGACCAAGUCGAAGGCAAAGAAGCAGAAGAUUGACGCCGACGGUACUGCUGGGUUCUGACCGUUAGCUCCGCCGACCGCACAAGCCUGAAGGGGAAUAGGCUUGAGCUCGCUCGGGAAGGAAUGCAAUCCCUGGGCCUGACCACUCAGGCGCUACAUUGCGCAUUUUCAUGGGAUCUCGCCCUUCUCUCGCCCCCUCCCCUCCCCGUUCCGUCUGUUCCUCCGUCCCUCCUCCCGCUCCUUCUCCUCGCGGUUCCCAUGCUCAUGGGUGUCUCACCGAGCACAGAUCCUGGCCUCCAGGAGCGCGGCCUCGGCGUGUGCGCCUUUGUGGCCUCCGCCCUGCGCCGCUGUACGUAUUUGGCCCGUCUGCCGAGAGCAGAGGAAGAUCGAACGGCACCAGCCUAAACACUCGGGGGUCCACGCGGAUUUCGCUGGGGGCGGCGGCGGAGGCGCCGCCAGAGGGGUCCACCGCCGACCCAAGAGAUCCGCGCG